GGGGAAAUCUCACCAUUGUGGGAGGGGCAGAGACACCAACUACUGGGGGGAAUCUCACCAUUGUGGGAGGGGCAGAGACACCAACUACUGGGGGGAAUCUCCCCAUUGUGGGAGGGGCAGAGACACCAACUACUGGGGAAAAUCUCCCCAUUGUGGGAGGGGCAGAGACACCAACUACUGGGGAAAAUCUCCCCAUUGUGGGAGGGGCAGAGACACCAACUACUGGGGAAAAUCUCCCCAUUGUGGGAGGGGCAGAGACACCAACUACUGGGGAAAAUCUCCCCAUUGUGGGAGGGGCAGAGACACCAACUACUGGGGAUGGGGAAUCUCACCAUUGUGGGAGGGGCAGAGACACCAACUACUGGGGGGAAUCUCCCCAUUGUGGGAGGGGCAGAGACACCAACUACUGGGGAAAAUCUCCCCAUUGUGAUAGGGGCAGAGACACCAACUACUGGGGAAAAUCUCCCCAUUGUGGGAGGGGCAGAGACACCAACUACUGGGGAAAAUCUCCCCAUUGUGGGAGGGGCAGAGACACCAACUACUGGGGAAAAUCUCCCCAUUGUGGGAGGGGCAGAGACACCAACUACUGGGGAAAAUCUCCCCAUUGUG